AUGUCAAAUUUGGAGUUUAUUGUAUCGAGGAUAAACGAAAGCAGUAAAUCUUUAUCAACAUUGUAUUUCAAACCGCCAGGAAUAUUUAGCAAUGCAUUGAUGAAGAACGAUAGAACCGAAAACUUGUUGACGGAUUUGAUUGAAAACAAUGAUCAAAAGAGCAACAAAAAGCCCUUUUUGGUGUAUAACGAAAGGAAGAAUGAGCUAGAAAGACGAGAUGGGAGCGUGAUAAAAGAGAAUGAGGAAGCCAUCAACAGGAUAUUGGUGAGGAAUUUGAGUUCCAAAGCCAAUGGCAAUGGCAAUGGAAGUGGUGGUGACAGUAAUAACAACAACAAUGUGAAUAACAUGAACAAUAUAAACAACAUCAACAGUAUGAAUGCAAAUAAUGAUGAAUUCGAAUAUGGAGAAAGCUUGAUCAAGUUUCCAGGAAAGGGAAACAUUCAGAACUUGAUAAAAACCGAAAUCAAUCCCAACAAGGAGUUGUUCAACAGUCUCAAGAAAAAAGAGAAAAUACUAUAUGAUUACAAGAGCCAUGACGAUGAAGUUCCCGAGGACGAAAGGCUCAUCAACGAGUACAAGACCAUCAAUGAGAUGGUGGACAUCAUUGUGACGUUAAACGAACAGAAGUUUCCCAUCCAUGGGUUGGAGGAGCAUUUGGGCGAAAUCAAAGAGCGAAAUCUCUUCUUGUUCAACGAAAUCAAGGAGUUGAAUUUGUUGAAGGAGGACAUUGAAAAGCAGAUCAAGAUGGCGAACCAGGCGAUCCAGAACCGAGAUUUGGAAACAGAGAACCACAAUUCUGCUGCUGCUGUUGUUGUUGUUCCUCCCUCUCCCUCUCCUCCUGCUCCCACCUCUCUGUUAACCAUCGUCGAAAUGAUCCAGCACCACGAACACGAAAUCCACGAGUUGAAGCUCAGAAUCGCAGAAAAGCGUGCCUCGCUCUGA